AUGGCCGAAAAAGCGUUUAUUGUUGGCCUGGAUCAUGCACCAAUCCCAGCUAAAUUGGUUCGAAAAAUUGUAGAGGGCCAGUUUGUAGAGCUGGCAGAUCUGUUCACUGCCAAUCUGCGGGCAGAGGAACAAGAACCUCAGACCUUUCUGGAGGGUAAACUGGUGGUAUCCAGUUCUAAGCACCGCCAGGUGGAGAUAAAGGAUAUUUUGACGUGGACAGAGGCUUUUGCGAUCUUUCAGCUGGUGAUGUGUGCCCAGGAUGCCAAAAAGGAACAAAAACUAGAAGAAAUACCUGACGAAGUACUCUUUCUCGUGGAGCGUGGCCUCGAGGGAACUAAGAAAAUAUGGCCUAUGGUCUGGGAUUUCGCAGGCCAGGCAGUUUAUCAUGCCAUUCAUCCUAUUUUCUUAUUGCAAGAAGACCUAUAUGUUCUAGUAUCAGAUCUUACCCAGGAAUUAUGCACUCCUGCUCAAUGUCGGGUUAGGACUCAUAACGAUGAGAAAGUGGUUGAGUCACCUCAUGACGAGGACACAAAUCUUGAUCACAUGAUGAGGUGGUUAGAUCUGGUGCACUCUUUGGUUAAAAAAAAGUCAGAAAGCUUGAGGGGUAAUUUGCCCAGUGACGCACCCCUUGCCUCGUUACCUCCUGUUGUUCUUGUGGGUACACAUGCCGAUGGUGUAACGAAUCCUCGGGAAAAGAUGGAUUUCGUGUUCAAAACCAUUUGCAACAAGGCUUCUCGCGCAACUGUAGAACACAUUUCAAAAGAAUCGUUCUUCAUAGAUAAUUCAAAUCCAAACAGGGAUAACGACCGACAAAUUGUUUCACUGCGUAAGGAAUUAUUGGAUUUGUGUGAAAGGAUGCCACAUAUCAACAAUGAAAUCCCUUUGCAGUGGCUCCGUGUUGAGGAAAAAAUUCACCAAAUGGUAACAGAUAGACAGGUUCGUUAUGUGUGUAAAAAGAGUUUUAAAGAAGACAUUGCUGAAGGCAUUUGCCAGAUUAAUAACACGGAUGAUGUUGAAGAAUUGCUACACUUUUUGCAAGCCCGUGGAAGUGUGAUCUACCAAGACCACCCUGAAAAGCCAGAUGGUUUAGUCGUUCUGGAUCCAGAGUGGUUAAUCCGAGUACUUAGUAUGAUAAUUACAGUGAGUCCACCGUGGAAAAACGACCCCAGUAUUCAGAAAGAUUACGAAUUCCUUAAAAGAAGAGGGCUGCUUUCACAGCAGUUGCUAAAUCGAGCAUUUAAACAUCUGGAAUUGGAAGGUAUCAGGGACUCGCUGAUUCACAUCAUGGAAAAGUUUCUUGUUAUUUGCGACUCUAAGAACUGCAAUGGGAAAGAGUACCCUUACUUUGUACCAUUUAUGCUGAGAUCACCAAUAAAGGAUACAAGAGGACCAAAAGUUCAAAAUGGUCCUUUACCAGUGUUUCUCAAAUUUAACACUAAGUACAUUCCGAGUGGACUGUUUUGUAGAUUAGGUGUACUUUUUUGGCAUUGGGCCUCAAAGUUCUAUCCCCACUGCAAAGCCCCCGCGUUUUAUGCAAACGCCGCCCGAUUUCAAGUCAGCGAGGAUUACCACCUCAUAUUAAAGUGCCACAGAACUGUGAUCAAGUUGGCAAUUUGGACAAGGCGUGACUCUGACGCAGAGAAAGAGCAAAGUCUUUGUGAAGAAUUAUUAAGUCAUCUGGAACACUGCAAGUCUGAACUUAGCAUCACCUGUCGUUGGCUACAGUCAGUUACGUGGGAAUUGCAUGUGCAAUGCUCUUUGUGUGAGCCUUGUCCAAAGAAGAGUCGCGUGGGUACUGACAUUUGCAUAUGGCACGGACAGGAAGGCUGUCGCCAUGAUGACUGUGGUCACUACCUUAAAUUAAGGAGCUUGGGUCUUAGCGCAAGUUGUAAAUAUUGUGUUGAUGAUGUUCCUCAUCUUUCUGCAGAAAAAUUGGAACCUUGGACUCAGGCUUUGGUAUCCUUUAAAUGCAAGGAGAAAAACGGAAAAAGAAAGAGAAAAAUGUCACCCGAGUGCAGUAACAAGCGUCCCAAUCAACCCGAAGGGAAAAAAAGGAGACAGAUGUUACCUGGCUGCAGUGGCAAGCGUCUGAAACAACCCAAAGUAAAGAAAGGUAAACCAAAAGAAGAUGAAUUGGAAGAAUUAGGCUACGAAAUUGGUGAAGAUUGGAUGGUGCUUGGGCGUCGCCUGGGAGUUACGAAGCCAGAAAUACAGAAUCUGAAACAACAACCUGACAAGCUUGCUGAGAGAGCAUACCAAAUGUUAUUGAAAUGGAAACAGACGAAAGGUUGUGACGCAACUUACCAAGCUUUGAAUGACGCAUUACUGCACAGAUUUGUGCAACGCAAAGACUUGGCAGAAAGAAUUUGUCUAAAUAAAGUGUAGGUAAGAAGACCUUGUUCCACGGUUUGGAAGACCUGUCCCGCAGUUAAGUAUGGUGGUGUCCGAAACGAUGGGUUUCCUUUAUGCCCACUUUGGAAACUAGUUGUCGAGUCUAAAC